CUGAAGGAAGUAAACUGCUCGUCUGCUCCAGCCUCCGGUGCCGCCGUCAGCCCGUCUCGCUCUGCGGCCGCACCAGAGCACUAGCCGCUACGGUAGGGGAUGUCGGCCCUGGUGGCUAGCCGCUGUUUCCUCCAUCUCCGGCCGGGGCUAGAGCUAUGCCUGCGGUCCCGUCCCCUGACACCCCGCUCCUCCUGGGUAAAGGUGAUGGCUCGUUUCCGGCGCGAGCCUCCGCGCCGGAACCUCCUGAGCUGCCGGCAAGGUGCUUUUGAAGAGGGGAAUGCAGCGAUGGAUAAGGCUAUGCGGAGUACGGACGAACAACUCAGUCAUUGCAAGGAUGGGAAUGGCACAGGCCUGGAUCCCGUUGGAAAGAACUUUGUCAAUGAGUUUGCGCAGCUUUCUUUGGAGGAGGAGGCGAGUGAUGACGUGGUGUGCGGAAUUAGUGAAAGCGUGGUGCGAGAUGUGGGGAAGGCUGCAAUUGAAUUGCUUGCUGCCAGAGCAUUCACAGUUUCUGAGCUUAGGAAGAAACUACAAAGUAAGAAGUAUCCAGUUGAUGCAGUUGAUACUGUGGUUGCUGAUUUCAAGUCAAGGGGUUUGUUGAAUGAUGGUUUUUAUGCGGAAUCAUUUUCGCGAUCCCGGUGGAUAUCAUCAACAUGGGGUCCAAGGCGAAUAAAACAGGCACUUCGCCAAAAGGGUGUGCCAGAGGCAGAAGUAGAUCAGGCAACAAGAAGAGUGUUCCAGGAUGGUCACGGCCAUGGUAAAGAAGCGACAUAUGGCAUAUCCGAAGCUUCCAUGGAUCAUCUAUUUGCUCAGGCAUCCAAACAGUGGAAGCGUGGGCAGAACUUGACCUUGGAGAAUCGCCGUGGGCGCAUUGUGAGGUGGCUUCAGUACCGAGGGUUCAACUGGGCUGUGACCAAUGCCAUUGUCAGGAAGCUGGAGGCUCAGCACCCUCCUUGACCUUUCUCCAUUGCAAGUUAGUAUGUUAUUUUUGUCUAAGGUUUAAUUGGGGAUGUAGUAACUGCUCUAUCCGAUUAGUUUAUGAUAAACAUGCCCAGCCAACAAUCUGAAGAAUACAAGAUCAUUGCUUUUAACACCUUAAUUCAGAUAUUUUAGUUUGGGAAA